AUGAUGGAGAGGUGUCACAAUCUGUGCUGGAGAACAGUUACGCAUGCCAAGAUGUAGAAGACACUUUUGGAAAUUCAGGGGCAAUGAAGGAAAACGGAAACCUGACUGGUGAAAGGAAUGAACUUUUCGCUAAUUUGGACAUUGGUUCCCAUGAAAUUUCAGUCCACCCAGACCUCCCAAAAGAUGGAAAAAACCAUGAGGCUUCUUCCUACGUAGAAAGUUGGGAUGAAACGUCAGAUAGGAACAUGCAUUGGAAAACCCACCCAGGAGAGAAGCCGUUUCAAUGUCUUGAAUGUGGGAAGAGUUUUGGUAGGAACUCCGAACUGAUUAGGCACAAAAGGCUUCAUGCAGGAGAGAAACCCUACAAAUGCCCCGAGUGCGGAAAGAGCUUCAGCCAAAGCAGAAACCUUACUUCCCAUCAAAGGAGCCACACGGGAGAGAAGCCUUACAAAUGCUUGGAGUGCGGGAAGUGUUUCAGUAACAGCGGCAUUCUCACUUCCCACCAGAGGAGCCACACCGGAGAGAAACCCUAUCAAUGUUCAGAGUGCGGGAAGUGCUUCAGCCAAAGCGGCAUUCUCAUGGCGCACCAAGCCAUGCACACGGGACAAAAGCCCUUCCCAUGCCUGGAGUGCGGGAAGAGGUUCCGCCAGCUCAUACACCUUACCUCCCACGAGAGAAUCCACACGGGAGAAAAACCCUUCCAGUGUACGAAGUGCGGGAAGAGUUUCCGUCAACAUAUACACCUAACUUCUCACCAGAGAACCCACACGGGAGAGAAACCCUUCCGGUGCCAAGAGUGCGGGAAGACCUUCAGCCAGAGUUCACACCUGAUUCGGCACGAAAGGACCCACACAGGAGAGAAGCCAUUUAAAUGCCUCUUGUGCGCAAAGAACUUCAGUCACAGCUCUGAACUGGUUCGACACGAAAGAACCCACACGGGGGAGAAACCCUUUAAAUGUCCCGAGUGCGAUAAAAGCUUCAGUCGCAGCUCUGAACUCAUUCGACAUAAAAGAAUCCACACCGGGGAGAAACCCUAUAAAUGCUUGGAAUGCGACAAGAGCUUCGUCGACAGCACGAACCUUAUUAGGCACCAGAUAAGCCACACGGGGGAGAAACCGUACAAGUGUCCGGAGUGUGGGAAAUGCUUUAGUCAGAGCAGAAGCCUUACGGCACAUCGACGGAUUCACACAGGCGAGAAGCCCUUUAAGUGCCAGGAGUGUGGGAAAUGCUUUAGUCAGAGUGGGAUCCUUGCAGCACACCAAGGCAUGCACACGGGACAGAAACCCUUUAAAUGCGUGGAGUGCGGAAAGAGGUUUCGUCAGCACAUCCACCUGACCUCCCACCGAAGAAUUCACACGGGUGAGAAGCCAUUUAAAUGCCCGGAUUGUGGAAGGAGCUUCCGUCAGCACAUACACCUCACCUCUCACAAAAGGAUUCACACCGGGGAGAAACCUUUCCAGUGCCAGGAGUGUGGCAAGAGCUUCAGUCACAACUCCAUCCUUAUUUCUCAUGUGAGAACCCACACCGGAGACAAACCUUACAAAUGCUUGGAGUGUGGAAAGAGCUUCACCUGGAGCAACCUCCUGAUUAGACACGAACGAACUCACACGGGGGAGAAACCUUUUAAAUGCCCAGAGUGUGGCAAGGGCUUUAGUGAGAGAUCACUUCUUAGUAAGCACCAGCGGCGUCACACCGGGGAAAAACCCUUCAAAUGUUUGGAGUGUGGAAAGAAUUUUUUCUCUAGCACGCUUCUUAUUCGACAUCAGAGGACUCACACAGGGGGGAAACCACUGAAUAUUUGGAGUGUGGAAAACCCAUCAGGAAUUGUUUGAGACGACAAGAGCCAAGGUGGCGCAAUGGGUAGAAUGCAGUACUGCA